CCCCCCCGCGAACCAGGCUUCCUCUCUACGGACCAGUGGCAGCUGAUUCAGAGCUUCAACGGCUCGAUGCGGGCUGUACAAAUGGAGGGUUGUAGCCGCUGCCGCGAACGGUGGUUUGCGAUGGCUCUGAAGGAUACCGUGUGCCACAAGUGCUACUUACGAGAUCCUAAAGAUUGUAGACCGUGUCUCAUGUCUGCAGACAAUAUGCUGAACCCAGGGCCUGUUACGGACGCCCUCCCAGAGCUAACACAAGUAGAAGAGAUGAUCAUCGCCCGUUCGCACGUCCAGAUGGUCCUCUUUCGGUACCGCGGGCACCAGUAUCACUAUUCGGGUCACUGUGUAAGUUUUAUACAGAAUACAGUCAAGACGGUAACAGUCAUCACUAACCUCCCCGCGGAUCUAGAUAUUGUUCUUGUCCGCCCACCAGAUACGGCCCAGAAUCUUAAGUAUAUCUCUCCUUAA